AUAGAUUUUGAUAUUAGUAUUUCUCAAACGUAACGAUAACCUGUUACCUAUUUGUCACUUUAUUCGACGUUUGAUUUUUCUUAACAAUGUUCGUUUGAUAGUUUUGGUAACUAUAUCGAGCAGUUAUUCUCUUUAUACGCAAAAACAUGAAUUUAAUCUUAUGAAAGCCACAAGUUAAGUAAGAUUUCUUCCGUUAUGGAUCUGGUUUGAGGAAGGGAACAAGCUCGGUUGUCUAGUUUUUUAUCCCCAUUAAUUUAGGUUUUUUAUUAGUCAAUAAUCUCUUUAAUAUGCCGCCCAAGUUCAGUCGUACAUCUGGGGAUGACUUCUCCAAUGCUCGAGCUUCAGAACGGGCUUCUCUUUUGAAUCUGGAUGAUUCUGACGACGGUACAAACAUAUUUGCUGCCCCAGCUGGCAGCACAAACAAACCACCAAGUGACAACAAUAUAUCUCGUGUUAAGAAUGAAAUAAAAGGUGUUGUGGAUGUGAUGCAAACAAAUAUUGCCAAAGUACUGGAUAGGGGAGCAAAACUUGAUGAUCUUCAAGAUAAAUCAGAAAACUUAGACAUGAAUGCAUUUCAGUUUCGCUCUGGAUCCAGGAAACUGCAAAGAAAGCUAUGGUGGCAAAACUGCAGGCUGAAAAUAGUAUUUGCCAUCAUACUGAUUAUUAUCCUCAUUGCAAUAAUUGUUCCAGUCAUUAUGAAGAAUAAGAAGAAAACAUAAAGUACAAAAAUCUAUAUUAUACAGCCAUAAAAGAAACAGUAAUAAAAAACAGGCAUUUUCUUAUAAAUCAGCUAAACAGUUAAGUAAUGCUCUGUGUAAGAACUAGGCAACCUAACAGCACAUGUACGCGUGUAUGUCAAAAAUGCCUUUGUUGAUAUUCCAAAUUCGAUUGGUCAAGACAAAAAAUUUCAACAUAAGUUACACUUGAAACUAAAUGCUGCCUAACGUUUUUGAAUAUUUGUGUUUUAGGGUUUAUUAGUAUGUGUAAUAUGGCUUAUUAGACAAAUCUAACGAGGGGAACCUUGUGAACCCUGUGUGAUUGUUUCAAAACAGAAAAUCUCUGAUGAGAUAUAUUAGGGAGCACAUUCAUGUAAUUUCCUCAAAAUCUCACUAUAUUAUUCUAUAUCUUGUGCCUGUUUGUUUAGUACAAAAAAUAACCUACGUGGGGAAAGCUUUUAGCCUCAAGACAAUGGGACUUUGCCUAAGUCUUGCAUGGUAGAGGAAAUGAGAAACCGAGAAGCUGAGAAAAGGGCAGCAUUUUUUUUUUUUUUUUUUUUUUUUUUGCCAAAUUCAUUAUAAAACAAUGCAUUUACUAUAACUCAAUGAAUUAAAGAGCGGAUAGCCCCU